AUGAAGUAUUGAGAUUUUGACGUAAAAAUUCCUGACACUUUGGUAGCUUCAAAAUGUAUACUUUAUGAAUAAACAUUGUGGUGGAAGAGUGAACCGAAGAUUUUAUAAUAAUGUUUGAUAAAAUAUAAAUAAAAAUACAGUUAGUAAUGUUUUCAAUAUACUUCAAGUUUUAAAUGUGCUGAUUGUAUCUGAAGUAAAAGGAUAGAAUAAUGAAUGGAGGAAUGGAGCAUAAAACUCCAGGUCACAAUGUGGUGCCUCAUAAAGCGCCUAAAAACUAUAAAUUGCUAGUGGACCCUUUCCUUGUGAAGGGAGUUACAACAAAAGUUUAUAGAUAUGAUGGCACUGUUCCUGGCGACACAGCUUAUCCACCGGUGCAGUGCAGAGACCCUCGGUCGCAGCUUUCAAGGAUCUGGAAUAGACUAGAGCCAGCUGAUCUCCCAGUUCCUAGGUUUAAAAUAGAUAAAAACUAUGUAGGAAUACCCCCUCAGUUGGAAAUCACUAUAGGAAAUUUAAAUGACAAUAUAGAUAAAGCAUUUCUGGCAGAUAUGAUGAAUAAAGUUGGGCCCUGUGAAGAAUUAACAAUAUUCUACCAUCCAAUCACAAACAGGCACUUGGGAUUUGCAAGAAUAGUGUUUCAAGAUGUAAAAUAUUCUAAGCUAUGUGUAGAAAAAUAUAAUGGAAAGUCCGUCAUGGGUCAGGUGCUUGAAGUCUUCCAUGAUGCUUUUGGUAAGAAAUGCCAAGAAAUGUUUGAAAAUAAGACUGUUGAGAAGAAGCCCCAGCUGGUGGCUCCUCCUAUUAUCACCAAGCCUCCAGUUAUUGUUGAGGAAGUGAGAUCAACAAAGAUUGAUCCUACACUUAGCAAAAGAUUAGAGGAAGCUAAAAUUACAGAAAAAGAACCAUACUCCCGGUACAAGGACACUAUUGAGCAUGCGAGUGACAGUAACACGCGGUGGUCGGACGACGAGAGAGAGUACCGACAUCGGCACCGCAGCCGCGGCGAGCGCGACAGGGACAAGGACAGGGACCGAGGAGAUCGAGACCGAGAGAGAUACCGCGAGCGUUACGGGCGCAGUACGAGCGAGACGAGCGAGGCGACGUACACGUCAAGCCACGCCCCCGAGGUGCCGUACACGCCCCACGCGCCACACCCUACGCACCCGCCCCCCGCCGCCAUGCCGUACGAUCCCUACUACCAACAGAGCUACGGGUACAGCUACACGCCGGGCGGGCCGGCGGGCGCCAGCAGCAUGUGGUGGGGCGACUGGAGGCAUCCGCACCACUCCUCCCACCAUCACUCACACGAAGUACCAGUGGACCCUAAGUCUGCGGAGGUGGUGGAGCCCCGUCCUCCUGAAGAUAUUACGGAGAGCAAGGAACCAGAGCCCAAGCCACCGCCACCAGCAGACGAGCCUAAAAAUGUUGACCUCGAUACCAGAAUAGCGAUGUUGCUGAAAGGUGUCAGUACAGGCGGGGGCAUGGCGCCUCCCUUCCUUGCCCUAGGUAUCUCUUCUGAGGAAGAGGAUGAAGACCGUUUACCUCCUAAUAUACCUGACAUCGACACUCAUAACCCGCCUUCGGAUGAUGAUGGUUCAAUAAGUGAAGACCGAGAAAGUAUAAUCUCGUUAUCAUCGAUGAAGAAUGUGGAUCCUGAACCGCUGUCCACAACUCCGUCACCUUUCCUGGAGCGUCAGAACUACCUCGAUUGUCUACAUAAUACUAUAGAAAGAGAUGCGCAAAAACCAGCCCCAGUUCCUAAAAAAAAGUUUCCACCUAUCGAUAAGAUUGGUUCGGACAUAUCAUCGUCGGAGGAUGAGCUACUAACGGGCGAGGACCCACGACGCUCACCUGCGGAGGAUCAGAACCGGGACCAAGAUAACUUGGAUGAUGAUCAGAUGUCAUUAUCGUCACUAUCGUCGACGGAAGCUAAGAUCGAGGAGCAGGUCCCGGCGGACGCGUACUACCCCACGUACCCGGCAACGACCGCGCCGCCCCCCCAUCCACACUACUACCAACCCCCCAUGUGGCCACCCACAGCGUAUCCCCCGCCGGGCUACGCGGGCGCGGAGCUGGCGGGCGUGAUGCCGUACGGGAACUCGUUCGCGGCGCCGCCCAUACUGCCGCACCACUACCCCGCCUACACGGAGCCCGCCCAGCCUGCACAGUCUGAAUAUUCCCAGGAGCUGGACAACCCUUACUACCCAACAAUAAACAGUGUAAUAGAACGCGUUACUGCAGAGCUCAAGCAGAUUCUAAAGAAAGACUUCAACAAAAAGAUGAUUGAAAGCACUGCGUUCAAGAGCUUUGAAGUCUGGUGGGAUGAGCAGAGUCGGAAGAACAGACAACCCAAACCUAAGGAGGAAGCUGGACAACCUUUACAGGUACAAAACCCUCCUGAUAUCUCCAACAAGAAAGAAGAGGCUGUAGACUCAAUAAAGUGCAUAAUGGAGUCCCGAGAGAUCGGGCUUGAGCUGGGCGGGUACGGAGUGGGCAUUGGCCUGGGGCUACGAGCCACCAUACCUAAGAUGCCCAGCUUCAGACGUAAGCGGAAAAUACCAUCACCUGUAUUCAUGGACGAUGAUUCAUCUAAGAGGUUGAGUGACCAAGAGGAAAUGGUGCAAAAUUCAGACGAAGAGAAGGAGGUACCGACGAGUCCAAGGAACAGAACGACUGGUUCGUACCUAUCCAGGAGUCGCCGGCGGCAGUCUAGCAGCUCAUCCAGAUCUUCAUCGUCGUCAUCAAGCAGAUCGUCGUCUUCCAGUGGGUCGGAGCGGAAGGGUCCCGCGCCGCGGAUAUACUCCGACACAGACGACGACUCCGAGCUCGACGAAGCCGAGCUCAAAGUCGUGUCGAACAAGGAACGUCUGCGGCGUGUGUACUCUUCAUCGUCAGACAGCGAGGAGGAACAGAGUCGGAGAGAAAAAACCCCAAUCCCUCCAAUGGAGGCGUGGGGCGGCGAAGGCGAGGGUGAAGUUUCAGGGGGCGAAGCUCCCGCUGCAGCCAGUCCUCCACGGGACUUGUUGCUUGACAGAGUGUACUCAGAUUCGGAAGAAGAGAGAGAAUAUCAGGAGAGACGGCGUCGCAACACGGAGUAUAUGGAGCAAAUCGAGCGAGAGUUCCUGGAGGAACAGAGACGGAAUAUGGAGACAGAUACGCACCCGCAGCCUGAGAAACCUCCUGACGACAGUAAACCGGAGAAGCAGCCAGAAGAACCUCGCAGUAGUCCAGUCAAGAAGGCGGCGAAGUCUCCGGAACGGGAGAUAGAGGAGGGCUCACUGAGCGACGAGGCGGGAGGCGCGCGGGGCGGCGCCGCCGGCGGGCUGGGGCCGCGCCCCUCGCGCCCGCGCCCCCUGUCCUGCAGCGACCACAGCACUACCGAGACUGCCGUCAGUGUCAACGGGAUCAAAGAUGCAAGCAGCGCGUUAUCAGAGACGUCGUCUCCUCAAUCGCAGGCGUCCCAGGCGUCGCAGGCGUCACAAGUGGCGCUGGACCACUCGUACUGCCGCCCGCCGCCUGAAGACUCCGGCAGGAGACCUUCCAACCAUCUGCAACAUGAUCACGGCUACACAUGGAUGGCGGAACCGGAGAGCGCCGUGUCGCCUGUGGAGGAGCCGGUCAGCAAAAAGGAUACCAAGCGGCCUUACAAGAGGAAACACGAGCCUAAGAAACUUGCAGAGAUACAAAACAAACUUUACGAGCCACGCGAGGCAGCAGACUACGACAAGGUCAUGUAUCCUAAGGUGACGUUCAAGCCGCGAGACUUGAUGGCGGAGAUGCAAGUGAUGUACGAGUUCCUGACGCGGGGCAUAGACCGCGAGGACGUGGAGUACCUGCGCCGCGCCUACGACGCGCUACUGGCCGAGGACGCGCACGGGUACUGGCUCAACGAUACACACUGGGUCGACCAUCCGCCCACUGAUGUAUGCUACUCGCCGCCCAAGAAGAAGUCCAAGAGGCACAACAAUAUUUAUGAGGAUUUACAGGGUCAUUCGAGCGGUUCAGCCCGCACAGAAGGGUACUACAAGAUGGACGCGCGACUGAAGGCCAAGUACAAGUACCAUCACGGACGUAGCUCCGCGGCCGCCUUGCACGCUCACACCGACGACAAGAAGGCCUCCAAGAUGCAAGGCCUGUCCAGGGAAGCUCGCUCCAACCAGAGGAGAUUGCUCACUGCUUUUGGUACGGAUACGGAUUCUGACUUGUUGAAGUUCAAUCAGCUCAAGUUCAGGAAGAAACAGCUCAAGUUUGCCAAAUCUGGCAUCCACGACUGGGGUUUGUUCGCACAAGAGCCGAUAGCUGCGGACGAGAUGGUGAUAGAGUACGUGGGGCAGAUGGUGCGGCCCAUAGUCGCCGACGUCAGGGAGGCGCAGUACGAGGCCACCGGCAUCGGCAGCUCAUACCUGUUCCGCAUAGACCUCGACACCAUCAUCGACGCCACCAAGUGCGGGAACCUCGCGCGGUUCAUCAACCACAGCUGCAACCCGAACUGCUACGCGAAAAUUAUAACCAUAGAGUCUCAAAAGAAGAUCGUGAUAUACUCAAAGCAACCGAUAGGUGUAGACGAAGAGAUUACCUACGACUACAAGUUCCCCCUAGAGGACGAGAAGAUCCCGUGUCUGUGUGGCGCGCCUCAGUGCCGAGGCUUCCUCAACUGAAUGCACGCUCGUACUGACCCACACUAUGUUGUUCGAAUACUACUAACUACGUCAUGUCUCUCAGUGUCCUCGAUAAGUCUGAAACCUGCAGCCGUCAACGUGAGCAGGAAAAUAAAUUUAGUUACAUUAGUAAUCGAUCUGAAAUCUUUCAAUGUGUUCAUGCUCAUUCGUGUGACGGUAAAUGGCUGAUAUGGCAAACUAGUUAAACAAAUGAUUUUGUAAAUGUCUCUGCAAUAAUAUGUUUAAGCGAGGUACUAGAUAAUCGCAAUGUAACAUCAACAAUGAACUGAUAAAUAUAUAAUUAGGCUAUACAAUCAAUUAACUCGUAAUUUGUAUAUGAAGGCGUGAUGGCAACGAUUGGAAUUAAUCUUUAGUGUUGUGAUUUAGGCAAGGUAAGUAAGUAGAAUAUAUUCGAUUCUGUCCUUACCUACCUCUCAGUAUAGAAGUAAACAGGUAUAUUUACUAUGACGUGUGUUCAGUUUCAUCUUGUAUUUCUUUUUCUUCUUCCCUACACUCUCAAAUCUUCCAUAUUGUGUAAGUAUUUAAUUGUACAUGAUCAGACAGAGUUACUGAGUAGCUACUAUUACUGUAUAUAGCAGUGACAAUGACAACAAACUACAGCAGCCGCGCUGCGCAAGGCGUUGUGACCUUGCUAGUUUUGAUAUCUGCCUCUAAUUAUUGCAAUUUUGUCCUUUUAUGUAUUUAUAAUAUAAUAUUAUUAUGAGUGUCUGUGUGACUCUGAAGUGUUUGUUUAAUAUAUUUAAUGUGAAGACCCAGUGAACAUAUGAUGUAAUUAUAAAAUUAGCCGCAGCAAAUAAUUCUUGUAUUAUAUUAUGAUAUUUCGACUGAGUCUAAAUAUAUGAUUCACUAGGCAUAGAAUGUCUGAUGUAGCGAGCUGUAUGAUUAUUUGUGUUGUACAUUAUUGUGUAAAGAGAUCUCUGCUAUUACGUCAGAUUUGUGUAGUACACUUUUUAAGUACAUCAUCUUGUUAAUAAUUUCGAAGGCAAUUCGUAACCAAAUAAUAUGGGGUGUUAACCGAGUAUUGUUUUCGAUGUGUCUGUCAAGCAAACGAUAUGCGAGUAGUGUGCCCUGAGUACCGACAGUAUUGAUGGCUGCUCGCAUGAACUUUCCACUUCAUAUUAUGUAAAUGUAAUAAGAUUGUAAAUAAAAAAAUUCCAACAAUUUUAAUCCUAGUUUCAUUGUUGCAGUGUCCA